CAUUUGAAAAUUUAGAAUAGUUAGCUACAGCUGUGUGUCUCGUGCGAUUUGGUGUGAAAAAUGUUGUUGUUGUACUGUUGCUUGUAAAUUUUGAAUACACAAAUAAUUGUUUUUUUUUCUUGAAAUUUGCAUAUUACAGUUGGUACAUUAGCCAACGCGCUAAUACCGUGUUUUGUAUUCUCUGUAUAUUUUUGCAUUUAUUUAUUAUAACCAUUUUUUUUUUUUAAUCGAUGGCCCUGACCGUUUCCGACUAUGCCGUCCUGGGCGUUACUCUUCUCGGGUUCGUCCUAAUCGGGCUGUAUUAUCAACUCACCGGCGGUAAACAAAAAACUACCCAGGAGUAUGUGUUGGGCGACAAAAAUUUAUCAAUCAUACCAGUGGGUUUCUCAUUGAUGGUGAGCUUUAUGUGCGCCACUUCCAUGUUUGGACUGAGCGCUGAGAACUACAUGCGAGGAACCCAGUUCAUGGUCAUCAACGCGUCCAACAUCCUGGGCACACCUAUCGUGGCCUAUUUGUUUUUGCCCGUUUUUUACAAACUGGGAUAUCUGUCCAUUUAUCAGUAUUUAGAAGAACGUUUCGGAAAGGCGGUCAGAAUAACGACGUCGUUGGCAUUCAGCUUGCAAACAGUCUUGCGCACUGCAUUGGCACUGUAUGCUGCUGCUCUUGCCGUGGAAGCGAUUACAAGCGUACCUCAGGCCCUGUCCAUGGCGGUGGUCGGUGCCGUUUGCACGUUUUACUCGUCGGUUGGCGGCAUCAAGGCCGUGAUCGUUACUGAUCUUUUUCAGUCUAUACUCAUGUUUGGAACUAUUUUUGCUGUUAUCAUCGUCGCAGCUGUGGAAGUAGGCGGAGUAACGGAAAUUUGGAACAUUGCUAAUCAUUAUGGCCGUAUCGAAUUUGACAAUUUUCAGUUAGACCCGACGGUCAGGCACUCGUGGUGGAGCUUGUUCAUAGGCGGAAUGUUCACUUAUGUCUCGGUGUAUGCUACCAACCAGGUACAAAUCCAACGUUACUUGACCAUGAAGAAUUACCAAACGGCGGUCAAGACGCUUUGGUUCAGUUGGCCGAUCACCGCAUUCCUCUCUCUGUCCAUGUGCUUUUCGGGGCUGGCCAUAUUCGCCAUGUACCGGCACUGUGAUCCGAUUAAAACACACAGGAUAACGACCGGCGACCAGCUGAUGUCGUUGUUUGUACUCGACACCAUGGGAUCUAUUCCUGGAUUAACAGGACUCUUCUUGGCCGGAGUGUGCUCGUCUGCGUUGUGUUCAGUGUCCGCUGCGUUGAACUCGCUGGCCGCUGUCACCCUAGAAGAUUACAUAGCUCCUUUUGCAAACGGCAAGAUGACCGAUCAAAAGCGAGUGUAUUGUCUCAAGGCGUUAGUGGUCUUUUACGGCGUCAUAACAAUACUGCUGGGCUUCUGUGCGCAUUUCGUUGGCCCUUUGUUGCAAGCUUCCAUGACAAUAUUCGGCAUUAUCGGCGGACCAAUACUGGCCGUGUUCACGCUCGGCAUACUCGUGCCGUACGUUAACCAAAAGGGAUCGUUGAUUGGCUUGUCGGUGGGUCUCGUGUUGCUGUUCAUCAUCGGAUUGGGCGGUCCGAAGCCGCCAAUUGAAAACUUGCCGACUUACACCAAUGGAUGCACGAGUGCCAUUGCUUAUAACGAUUACCACAAUUUUCCGUCCACGGAUUCGCCAAUGGUCGCCGAUCAAAGUGAUUAUUUGUACAUAUACAAGAUAAGCUACAUGUACUAUAUCGUUAUGGGGUUUUUCACCACGGCGGCGGUGGCGUUGAUGGCCAGUCUGUUCUUCGAGCCCGACGUCAAAGAUCUCCAACCCAUUCUGUUCUCGUCUUUGGUGUCCGACCGGUUGAUAAAAGCCAACGGGGUCGAGCACAAAAGAAAAGCGAAAACCACCAGGUCGGUGUCGUUUUCCAACAAAAUCGAGACGUUUGAAAUGUGAACGUCUUGCAGUGGCCCCACCGACAAUGGGAAAUCGUUUCGUGUGAAAUUACAUUACCAACAUAAACUUACCUUAUAAGGUACCUGUACAUAUAUACCUUGGAAAAGUGCAAUCGUACCGCACUAGUCACCAGCAGUUGGCAACAGGUGUUUUACAAGUUGUGUGAACUCCAAUCGCCAAAACCUUUCACUUCAAUAAUAUACCUAGUAUUAUAUCAGUACAGGUGAUCACAUUUUAACGUGAACUACACAAUAUGGCAUAGAGUUUAUAAUAAGAUAUAUUUUUUUUUUUUUGUACAUAGUGUUUUUUAAACAAUAUGAUCUAAAUUGUUCACAAUUGAGAUCACAUUUGUAUAAAAACACUAUGAAAAAAAAAAAUGUAAUUAAUUAUUAAACCCAAUGAGAUAUUGAGUGGUUCUCGAUAAAAUCUUUAUUGAUAAUGUACUUUAAAUACAUAUUUUUCAAUUGUAAACAACAUCAUAGUAUUCAUGAAACCGUCUAUAACGUAAUAUCAUAUUUUAUGUUUCUUAAAGUUUAAUUAUAUGCAGUGGCGCAACCGGAGGGGGGAGUUGUGACCCCUGGAAGGGGUUUUAAAAAUAUAUUUAAUGUUCUAGGGCAACACGAUAUUAUAGAAUGUUAUGUUACAGAAUUACAGAUUACUCUAAAUAGAUAGUCUACACUCAUUACUCCACAUGAUGUACAAACCCUCCCCCCUACUUGCGCCACUGCUUAUAUGAAAUUAUAUAUUAUAAGUAUAAUACUCGGGUCUAAAUGGACCAAUCUCAUACUUUUGGUUGAACUUAUAUAAUUUUCACAAUGACCUAAAGUAGUAUUUUUGUUGUUUUGAUACUAAAAAUAAAUAAAAACAUUUUUAAUAACGUCAAUAAUUGUAGAUGUAGGUAAAUUUCUUGUGUUUAUCACAAAACUGUUAGUUUCUACACCAUUGUAUUUAUUUACCCUUAUGGGGUUUUUAGUGUUAUGUGUAUAAUUGUCCAUAAAUGUACUUAAACGUCCUUAUAUUAUUAUUAUUUUUUUUUUUUUAGUAUACUAGGUAAUAAUACCAUGUUUAUUGUAUUUAAAUCUUAAAUAACUUGAAAUUUAUCUUUAGUCGUUCAAUCUGUUAUUGUAUAAACACAACUCGAAAUUUGUUUAUGUCAAUAAUAUAUUAUUUUUAUUAAAACAAUUAUUAUUAUAAGUAGGUAUUGAUCGUUAUUAUAUGUAUAAUAAUGUUUCCAAAUGGAUAUAAUAUUACAUUAAAUACUGUAUAC